UCACCACAUGUUCACUGCCUUGAUGAAGGCCAAUCGUGACCAUUUCGAAAUGUCUCCAGGUUCUGUGCUACUUCCCCUUCAAAAUGUUUUAUUUUAGGUGAACUACUUUCAAGAAAAUGUAGCUGCUAGGCCUAGUAACGUACUCAUAUUAUUGAAAAAACGAUCGGUAGCCAACAAGUUCAUGAGUUCUGCCCGGGAAUCUUUUUGCACCAUUGGUAUAGCCUUCGUAAUUUGCAAGCCUUGACAUGUUAUUACCCCAAUGAAUGGGCCUCUGUACAUUUCGUUCAACAAAUUCUUCAAUUCCUUUGGUAUUUCAUUUCAAUGCCUCCUUAUUUACGUGCGGGGUUCUUCAUCGACUUUUUCAAGGUUUAUACGGGAAAUUUCCACCCUCAUCCACAAUCAAGAGCUUCUAACUUCCGCUCGCCAAUUUUCAACGAACUAAGGUCCCCAUAAUGGUUUCAUUAGCCUAAUGGUUUGAUCCGGAGGUGAGCACCUUCCAGUUACGAUGGAGGCCAACCAGUCCCACCCUCAUCAUGCCAGGUGGAUUCAUUUGUUCCGUUGUUUGUUGUGCCCUGUCCUCGAAAAGAGGCCACCCACCUCCCUGACAAAGGACCAUACAAGUAAUAAGUCAGGGCGGGGUCCGAGUGCCCGACCCCAUUGUCGAGCCCAAUUUGCUUCGUCGCAUGGGACAGUUGAGUUUGGCCGACAAAAUGGGAAACAAGCAGACCACGUUCAGCGAAGAACAACUCGACAACUAUGUGGACACGACGUUUCUGGCCAAGGCUGAGAUCCUCAGGGUGUUCAAGAGGUUUUGUGAAAUCCAGGAGCCUCCCGUCAAUUUGAGGAGUGUGACCUACGAACAAUUGAAGCAGAUUGUCAUCAAUUACACCGAGUUGAGCAAAUGCCCAGAGCUAAAGGAGAAUCCUUUCCGUAAGAGGAUCUGCCGAGUGUUCUCGUCAGAUGACUCGGCCAGUCUGACGUUUGACGAAUUCUUGAAUCUUUAUUCCAUCUUCAGUGAAAAGGCACCUCGGGAAAUGAAAGUCCACUAUGCAUUUUUAAUCUACGACUUUGAUGGUGACAACUUUGUGGGUCCUACAGAUAUUGAGCACGCUGUCAAGUUAUUGACGCAAAACGAAUUGGCCAUGGAGGAGAUUGAAUCCAUUUGGGAAAAGGUUCUGUACGAAGCGGACAUCGAUGAUGACAAGAAGCUAUCCUCGAGCGAAUUCGAGCACGUCAUCACCAAAUCCCCGGACUUCAUCACGACAUUCCAUUUUCGAAUCUAAAAUCCUCCUCAUCUU